UAUACACACACAUACAUACGUAUAUAACAUCGUGAACCUCAAUUCUAUCUAUUCUUUAUUCACACCCCAUAAAAGAAAAAGAAGUGUGUACACCCACAACAACAAGUCCAUAAUCAAUGGCCCAACUGAUCCUUCAACAUUUAUCAAAAAACAAAAUCUUGGAAACAAAUCAAUCAAGACCAACACAUGAAAUUUCUUCUUCAAAUUCCAACCACUUCUGCAACCCCCUAAAAUAUGGUCUUUUUUGGGGGCUUUCUGUUGGCUCACAAUUUCAACUUUUCAUCACAAACAACACAAGAAAAAAACAGGAACCUUCUUCUUAUCACCACCACCGGUUCAUCUUUCUUCAUUUAAAGUCUUUGAUACCCACAACCUCUCAUCUUUCUUAUUACUAUUAUUAUUAUUAUUAUUAUUUUUCUUGCAACCCCUUUUGGGAAAUUGAGAUCUGAUGAUGAGUAAAAAGAUGAAAUUGGAUUAUGAGGAUGCUAGGGCAAGAUUUAAGCACCAAACCCUUUUUCAAGAUUACAUGGAGUUGCAGCAGGAAACAGAGGCUGCAAGGAGCAAUUUGAUGGCCUUAAAGCAAAAUAAGCUAACCUUACAAGCUGAAGUUAGGUUCUUGAGGCGAAGACACAAAUUUCUAUUAGAAAACAAGUCAUCAACCCUACAAGAACAAGUUUUUAUGAACCCACAGCCGACCCACAUCAGAAAAAGCAACAAAGAAAAGGUUCAUAUGGAAAAGUGGUUUACUUUACCCAAGUUACCACCUUCAGGGAAGAAAAAAACACCUCGAAGCAUACCGUCACCUGAAUUUGACUUGACUUUUGAAGAUUCUUUUUAUGGUGUAAAACAACAAUCGGCUCAAAGAGCAAUUGCGAACCAAAGGGUCAGGAUCAAUGGACCAAAGGCAUCCACAUUCCUUGAUUUGAGUCAGAAAGACGACGCGUUUGGAAGUCAAAAACCUUCAGGUCAAACACGAAAACCUGAAAUCGACCUGAACCAGAUAUCUAGAGAAGAAGAGGAAUUAGAAGAGCAACGUGAGCCGUUUGAUCAUGUAAUGCAUGGUUUGAUGAGAAAAGGCGUUGACGAGCAGCACACAGAUGAACGGUUAUCCAUGUUUAGGAAUGUUGGCAGUGGGAAGAGGAAGGUCUCUUGGCAAGAUCCAGUGGCUGUAAGGGUAUGAACUAUGAACAUAGUUGAUUAUGGGAUUUGAACAUUGGUUUUGUGGGUCUCAAAAUGGAAGAUAAAGAUCAAAAUUUUGUUGUUGAUUUCUUUCGUUGGAGGAACUUUGUGGAGAUUUAUUUUGGGUUGUAAAUGGAAAUUAGUGUGCUCUAAUUAUAGAUUUAUUCUGCCUUUUUAACC